CGAUACUAACUGACAUGAAGACAAAGGUAAACACUGACGACAAGAUUGAGGCAUUGCGGCUCGCAACCCUUGAUCAGCACAAGUGCAAAGCGUGGAAGCUGGCUCGCCGCGGUCUCCUUACGGCCUCUAAGUUUGGCAGUGUCGUGAGGCGCAGACCCUCGACCCGUUGCCAUGCCCUGGUGUAUGACAUCGUGUAUGGCGGCCCCGACCUGUCCAAACGGAAGGCCAUCCAAUAUGGCAUAAAUAAUGAGGCUUUGGCCGGGGGAGUUUUAUGACAAAUUGUAUAACAAGGGGGCCGAGGCGAUCCAGCACACAGGUCUUCACAUCAAUGCGAAGUGGCCAUACCUAGGCGCCUCUCCUGACCGCCUUCUGGGCACCACGGGGCUUAUCGAGGUGAAGACAAUCUACCCCCCCACGCUCAAGGGCAUGUCAUUUCAUGAGGCGGCUCGAGCUAAGGGCCAGGAGAGGCCGUCUGGGUUCUGCCUCGAAUUGAAUGAGAAGGGCGCUUUGCAGCUGAUCCGCACGCACAAGUAUUACUACCAGGUGCAGGGGCAACUUGCCAUCACUAACAGGGAGUACUGUAUCCUGGUAGUAUACAGCAACGGACUUACUUUCUGGGAAAGAAUCCAAAGAGAAAGAGAGGAGUGGCGGGAUACAAUCCUACCAAAACUCAAAAAAUUCUAUAUGGAUUGUGUCCUUGUGGAGCGGGUCCUGCGGCGUGCGAAGAAAGGGUUGCGCUGCCGGGAUCCUCCUGACAUUGACGCCGCCGCGACGGCUUACGAGGAAGAUCUAGCUAGGCGCAAGGCAGCGAAGGACGCUGCCAAGGCCGCCAAGGCCGCCAAGGCCGCCAAGACCCGGCCCGGCGCGAAGACUGCGGCCGGUGCCAAACAGAGAACGCAGCAAAAGUGAUACGUAUGUCCAGUGUUGUAAUAUAACUUGUAAAUAUUACAUGUAUAAUGUAUAAUUAUAAGAUAAUGCCAUAUUAUAUGUGUAAAAUGUAUAAACUGUGUAUAU